CCAAAGCAUUGUAUAUAAAGCAUCCAAAACUGGUCAUUUUGAUCAUCACAAAUUUUUUCAGGAUGAUCAAGAAAAAGAUGGCGGACAACAUAACAAGAAAGUGGAGGCAACUCAGCGGCCAAAACAAGUGGGAGGGUUUAUUAGAUCCUCUCAACAAAGAUCUUCGUCGAUACAUAAUUCACUAUGGAGAGAUGGCUCAAGCUGCUUACGACGCCUUCAACACCGAGAAGGCGUCUAAGUACGCCGGAAGCAGCCGGUACUCGAGAAGAGAUUUCUUCUCCAAGGUUGGAUUGGAGAAAGGAAAUCCGUUCAAGUAUUCAGUGACGAAGUUUCUGUAUGCAACUUCACAAGUUGAUGUCCCUGAUGCUUUUAUCAUAAAGUCUCUGUCUAGAGAGGCUUGGAGUAAGGAAUCUAAUUGGAUGGGAUUUGUGGCUGUGGCUACGGAUGAAGGCAAAGCUGCUUUGGGAAGGAGGGACAUUGUGAUUGCUUGGAGAGGUACAGUUCAGACAUUGGAGUGGGUUAAUGAUUUUGAGUUUGUUCUUGUUUCAGCUUCAAAGAUAUUGGGUGGUGAUCAGGAUGAUGAUAAGAAUGAUCCUAAGGUGCAUCAAGGUUGGUAUUCCAUCUAUACUUCUGAUGAUUCCCGUUCGCCUUUCAACAAAACCAGUGCUAGAAACCAGGUACUGAGUGAGGUUAGAAGACUAGUGGAGAAAUACAAGAACGAGGAAAUCAGCAUAACAAUUACAGGACAUAGUUUGGGUGCAGCAAUUGCCACACUAAAUGCGGUUGACAUAGUAGCCAAUGGAUAUAACAGACCAAUAAACCAGCCAAACAAGGCCUGUCCGGUUACAGCCUUUGUAUUUGCGAGCCCUCGAGUAGGAGACUCGGACUUUAAGAAGGUGUUCAACUCAUAUAAAGAACUUCGAGCCCUGCGUGUUCGUAAUGCUUUAGAUGUUGUCCCAAACUAUCCUUUGAUAGGCUAUUCGGAUGUAGGAGAAGAGCUAGACAUCGACACUCGAAAAUCCCAGUAUUUAAAGAGUCCUGGAAAUGUGUCGACUUGGCAUAACUUGGAGUGUUACUUGCAUGGAGUUGCAGGGACACAAGGCGGCAAAGGAGGGUUCAAGCUGGAAGUCAUUAGGGAUAUUGCAUUGGUUAACAAAACCACAAAUGCUUUGAAGGAUGAAUAUUUGGUACCCGAAAAUUGGCGGUGUGAGAAGGACAAAGGUAUGGUUCAGCAGCCAGAUGGUUCUUGGAAGCUGAUGGAUCAUGAGGAUGAUGACUUUGAAGCUUAAUAAAUAUACAUAUAAUUACAUAUAAUUAUGUGGGGGUUGAAGGGUAGAAAUUAUUAGUUUGUGUUAUGUUAUGUAAGUAUGAGACACAUAUAUGUUUGUUAUGUGGUUCAUUUAAAAUUUUUAGCAUUUAAUUUAAUUGUUUAGUCAAUAAGGGAAAAAAACUUGUUUCGUCUUCUACCAAAAUAAUAAAAUAAAAUAAAUAAAAUGUUUUGUCAACAAAAUAGAGUGAUAAUAAUGAUUUGGAGUCAAAAGAUGUAACAUUAACGUAUUAAUUGGAGAGCUCGUUUGCAGCUUGCAUUGUUCUUAUUGUA